UGCUCACGAGCAGUAAUGCUGUAGGGGCACAAACACACUCUUUAUGAGUUCCCUGCAACUCCUGUAUGUCCUCGGUAAUGACCGUGUCAGACAUGCACUGUACACCGAAGCUUGUCCGAGAUACUGAGAUAUUACAUUUCAAGAGACAGUAUAUUUGUUUUGGAGGAGCAAGAUGAUCCAGCCAAUCAGUGGUGAUGAUAUUGUUGUCAGCAGGUGGGCAGGGUCUGCCUAUUCAUCCAAGCCCUUCCUCUGCUGUGUGGGUGUGGUGGGCCAUCUGGAAUUACAGUGCGUUCAUGGUUUUCUGGCCAGGAGGACAAGCAAUGCAUCACGCAGACAUUCUCAUAUUGAUCAUACAGAUGAUAUAACUGCUUCACACGACUGCUGGGAGAUGGCUGCAGUGACUUCAGCAGGGGCCGGCUGAGCCGACGGGAAUAGAGAGGAAACUUUGGGAGCUGUGGAUGUUCAGUGGGUUUUGUUUCAUUGUUUAUGCAUUAAAGGUUUUUCAGAGGUUUGGCAACCAUGCAGACAGUUGGAGAAACUCCAUUUCCAGAUGACUCCGGGAGUCAAAGCUUGUGUCCGGGCCCUGACGCCGGCGCUGCAGUGGCCCCAGGCUGGGCCUACCUCCACAAACCAAUCAUCGUGAUGGUGAUGGGAUCUCUCAUGUGUGCUGCAGGCGGACUCCUCUUCCUGCUCCAGUCGCUGGAGGUGACCGAGGCGUCUCGCUCGGUGGCCUCAGCCUGCCUGACCAUAGGGCUGCUGUUUGUUGUGAUGGGGCUGGUGUGGGUCCCCAUCCUGAAGGAGAAGCAGAGGAGGAAACGGUACACCCAGGGGGCUUGAGGAAAAGGAUGGAGAUGACUGCUGAACUUUGAAACUACUUUCUCUCAGUGGUGAUGCAACUGUCUCCUUUGACACAUCAGCUACAGUCACAACGCUGCUGUGACUGUAGCUGAUAACAACUUGUGUACUUUGACCAAUGUCACUCUGGGUUCUUUCAUGUGUUUCUGUCGGAGGAUCACACUUCACUGUCCUGCGGUCGCCAGCACCUGCCGCCCUUUUUUCACAUCUGGAUUAACUUUGGGACCUACAUUUUCUGAAUUGGAUUAUCUCCACUGCCACCAUGUCAACAUCUGUCGUGGUGGAGCCGGUCAUGGAGAAAAGCUACGGAGGGGUGGGCCGCUGCAAGUGCUCAUUCUGGUUCGCAGUGGCCCACGACAUACUCGGCGUCCUCAUCAUGAUGGUGGGGGUGUUUGGGGGGCUGAUCAUCCACGACCUGUUCAUCUACGCGGGGGCCAUCAUCAUCUUCCUCAGCCUGAUCUGGUGGGUGUUCUGGUACUCCGGGAACAUCGACGUGCCGCCCGAGGAGCUGGAGGACGACGUGGGCAUGAUGAAGCUGAAGAACCGCAGACUGAGCCGGGUGGUGAGGCGUGUGUCCAGCCGCCUCUCCAGCAGGAUCCGGGACUCUUUGAGGAGGAGCGGCCGGAACAACAGCAACCCUGUCAACGUUGGUAGGGAGAUGGGACUCUCCACCAUCUACGACACCUCCAUCCAGUCCUCAUCUAAAGAAAUAACGCGAGACACACUGUCAAUAUGAACCAACCCAUCACAGACUGCAAAUGACACCAAGAGAUUCUGAACUUGGAUCUUGACAUUUUGUUUUUCUUUUGCUCGCCAGUUUAUUCUGUCCGAAGGAAUUUUUGUGUGUGCUCUUCUAACACACACCGGUAAUGAUUACACAAUAUUGAGCUAUAGAUAAGACCCACAUGCUCUCUUAUUCUGCUGAUAAGAAGUAAACUUUGCUCACCAUUGCACAUGAUGUUUAUUUAGAUUACUCCCAUUAAUGCUUUGUUAUCAGUCAUUGGUUGAUUCACAGAUUUAGCAGAUUGGAGGAUGAAAUAAUGUGAUGAUGAGAGUUUAGUCAUAAUGGGAGGUGAAGUCUAAUUGUGGAUGGUGUACGAACAGAAUAUUUAUAGCUGCCUGUUGUGAAAGGACACAGUGGAAACAACCCAAAUCAGAAGCCAGAAGGAUAGGAUGCACCAUUUUUACUUAUUUAUUUCACGUUUAAUUCUAACUUUAUAAUGUAAUUUGUGUUUUCUGUCUCACAUAGAAAAAGUUCCCUUAACAUACCGGUGAUUUUAAGGAUCUUUGUAUUUUAUUUUGAUAAGUACAUCCUGUUAGAAAUCUCAAAUUGAACUCCCUACUGAUUCACAUAAAAGGAGAUACGUGAACAGUCCUUUUGUUACAAUCUGUGCUCAUGAGAAAAGCGCCUUUAUUGAGGUUGCCUUUAAGUGUUGGAAGAAAAACACUCCUACAGUUUUAUUAUUAUUGUUAAAUAAAACACCAGCUCUACAGGAAAUAUUUGCCUAGCCACAAAAAUGGUUGUAAAAAGUUGUGAUUAUUGAAGUUUUUCAAUCUUAUAUGAAGUAAUUUAACGUUUUGAUAUAUUUUCUGAAACUGCAUUCACAUGUAUGCUGCUUUAAAGGCUGUUUCACACCCAUAAUACCAAAUCCAUUAAUGCAAUAAAUGUACUGAACACUGUAAAACAGAGUCUGGGUCUUCACUCACGUUUCAUAAAGUCCCCCUUCCCCUGCCGCCGCGCUAAAGUGCCCUUCUUUUCGCCCCUGCCCUUCAAAAAGUCUGUGCUCGCCACUGGUUAUCUGAAUCACAGACAAUCGCUUUUUCCAUCUGUGGGAGGGCAGUGUCUUCUGUAGGUAACCCUUCCAAUAAACACAUACAUGUGUGCUGUAUGAAUUUACACAGACACUAAAACCUUAGAUUAGAUAUGACCAGACUGAUCAGAGUGCAGAUUUCUGCAGACUGAGAUUAGAUCAGAUUAGAUUAGAUUAGAUAGAUUUUGUUCAUCACACAACGGGGAAAUGUACUUGUUACAACAGCUCAUGAGGCAACAAGUACAGGAAAAAGAGUCACGCAAAUACGCAUGAAGUUAAAUAUGAAUGAUCUGAGGUAAGAGCUCCUUCUUACACAGUGGUUGAAAGAGUCUGCUGCUGACAGUGUUCUGCUGUGACCUGUGAUCUAGCUAUAAUUAAUUCAUCUUGAUUCAUUUGUUAAUAUCGCGUCAUAAGAUCCAGCUCACACUUGAAAUAUCACACUGAAAUAUGACUAACACUCUAUAUAAAUGGCUACAGCUGACUGUCAGCCGACUGGGUGUUUUCACUGUGUCGCCCCUGAAUUUCCAUGUAGCUGCUUUCUGUUGUGGUUGACAGAGACCGUUCGUCUGUUGCUGAACCUAAAAUGACCUCAUUUGUCUGCUUCAGGUUUACUUUAAGGACCAUACAUAAGCAGGGCUGUAGCUACCACUGAGGCCACUGAG